UUUUAUUCGCCUUUCUUUAUCAUUAAUAUUAUUAUUAUUUUUUUUAAAAAAAAAAAAACAAAACAUGGAACAACAAUCAACUGGUAGUGCUUGGCCUGAACCACCUAAAUUUUAUAGACGAUAUACAAAAGCCAAUUUGGAACGUUUAAAACACGCUCAAGCCAUCAAUGACUAUUCUGAAGAACCAAUAAAACAACCACAUAUGGUCGACUUUUCAUUAAGAUCUUUAGAACCACCAGAAGUUCCUACUGAUGAUUAUGUAGUAUUUGAUCAACAUUGGAAGGUACAAGAUCGACUACCUACCCUACAAGAACAAAAUAUCAAGCAAUUAUUCCCAAAAGAUAAGAUAGAUCGUGUAGCAGAAUUGAAAAGAUUGAAUCGAACAUUACUUGUACAGUUCCUAGAUCUUUUAGAAACUCUUGCCAAGAAUCCUGAUGAAUAUGGAAAACAAAUAGAAAACAUCAGCAUUAUAUUUAUCAACAUGCAUCAUAUCCUCAAUGAAUACAGACCACAUCAAGCACGAGAAGCAUUAAGGAUUUUGAUGGAAGAACAAUUGGAAAAGAAACGAAAUCAAACGGCACAGAUAAAAAGAAAAACACAAGAAACAAUGGAUAUGUUGAAACAAUUUGGUCACAGCAUUUCAUCAUCACCAUCAGCAGAAUCUACAAAGCACCAAAAAAUGGAUGAAGAGUAGAAUAGAUAGUUUUGAAUGAAUGUUUUUUUAUUUUUAUUUUUAUUUGAUGUUGAUGAAUAAAAAGACAAUGAUUUAUUGAAAUAAAUACUAAUAAAGGUAUAG